CUCUAUUGUAACCUUCGCGUUUAUUUGUUUGUUGCUUUUUGGGUAUUACAGAAAUUUAUCUAACGGAAUUUUAAACAACACCAACAACAACAAAAAUUUUUUCACUCUACACUUUAUUGAUUUUUUGUUUUAAUCAUGAAAUCGGAUUUACUUUUAUGGGCACAAUUAUUUAAUCAGUCAUCGAAUGAUAUAUUACCAGAACAAUUAACUGAUGGAUUAUUAUUGAAUACAAUAUUUGGAAUUAUUGAUGAACGGAUCGAUCCAGAUGAUCGUCUAUGUAAAACUGUAACAUGCGUAAAAGAUAGAUUAAUGAAUUGGAAAAUUAUCAUUCAAAAUUUGAGAAACUAUUAUUUGGAAGUUCUACAAGAAGUCAUUACAAUUCGUCCACCAAAUAUUGUCCUGGUCAGCAAAAUACCUGAUUCUGCUCAAGCUGAUCAAGAAUUAGAAAAGAUUCUACUUUUCUUAUUAUGUGCAGCUGUACGAUGUGAUCGUCGUGAUUAUUUUAUCCGUCAAAUUAUGGAAAAUUUAAAUCCUGACGUCCAAACUGGUAUAAUGACAUGUAUUAAAAAUGUUACUGAAUGUCCGGCAAGUAUCGUAAGUUUUGAAAAACUUCGAUCAUCUGAUGCUGAUAUUUUACGAACUUUUCGAUCUGUAGUCAAUCAACUUGAAGAUAUUUAUUUGGAGGAAAUUAUUCAGUUAUUAGAUGAAUUAGCAUCAUUACAAAACAAAUUUAUCACAUUACAAGCAAGGUACCAAUUAGCUUCGCGAUCUAAAACAUUAGGACCUAAUGGAUUAAAAGAACGAUCUGUUUCUACCAUAUCACUCGGUGUUGAUAAUUCACACAGUAAUAGUAAUGGUCAUUUCGCUAUAUCUACACCUAGGCUCGAUGAACAACCAUUUUUAUCACGUAAAAAUCCGGAUAUCAGUGAUUUAAACGAAUCUUUUGAACAGACUAAUGAACAUUUAAAUGAUGGAGUUUUUAUGAAUGAUAAUAAGGUUAAUCAAAAUACUACGACUAAUAAUAAUAUCAGUAAUAUAAAUGAAUUAUCAGAAAUUGGUCGAAUGGAUUCUGGUUUAGAAGUGGAAACAACAGAGUUAGACUCAAUCCGUUCUUUAUACCCACCAACUGAUAAUUUAACACCUGAAAUUCUUGUAAUGGAUACGGAUAAGCAUCAUUUAUCGGUUGAGUUGGCUGAAACCAAAGCUAAAUUACGUCGAGCACAUAUUGAAAUUGAAGAUCAAGCUGAUCAAUUAGUUGAACUACAAGAUCAUUUAUUUGAAACACGUCGUGAAUUAAGUCAAGUAAAAGAGGAACGAGCACGUUUAGCUGAUGCAGCUUAUACAGCAAGACAUUGGCAAGAUGAAGUGGAUGCAUUAAAACAAACAGCAGAACGUGUUAUUAAUUUAGAAGCAGAAAAUGAAAAACUCAAAGAAAGACUACAUGAAAUCGAUUAUUAUAAAGCUCGAUGUCAACAACUUACUGAAGAUUUAGAAAUUUUAUCAAAUGAACAUUCACAAUGGGCGGAUAAAGAAGAAAUCACUCAUGAAUAUCAUCAUAAAAUUACAGAUUUAGAGAAAGAAUUAAAUAAAACACGAUGUCAAUUGACAGAAACAGAAAAUGCUCGAAAUUCGGAUUUGGAUUUAAUUAAAAAUCUUCACGAGGAAUUAGGCAAACUUAAGUUAGAACAUUAUACACAUAAAAAGUUUAUGAAUUCACCUCAUAAACUGGCUAAUUCAAAAGACAUUGUAACUAAUAAUAAUAAUAAUAAUAAUAAUAAUAAUAAUAAUAAUAAUAAUAAUAAUAUAAUAAUAAUAAUAAUGAGAAAACACCAUCAACAACAACUCUUAUCACAAUCAAAUGGAUUAAAUUGUAGUUUAUCAGAUCAAUUAUCUGAAUCAGUGACAAAUCGUCUAAAUCAUUUAGAAGAAGUGAAUCGACGUUUAAAUAAAGAACUUGAAAUGACUAAAAUGUUAUUAGUUAAAGCUCAGUCUGUUAAUGAAGUUAAUAUUGAAACAGAAGCAUCUUUAGCUGAAAUGAAACGUGAAAAUCAAUUGUUAACUAAUAAGCUUGAAAGACUUGAAACAGCUUUGUCAGUUCAAGAUGAACGUUUAUGCCAAUUAGAUUUGGAACGAAUGAGCUUUGAAACGGAUGCAAGAAAAACAAGAGAAUCGUUAAAUACAUUUAAAGAAACUUCCGAAAGACAUAUCAAUGAGUUGUCACGUGAAAAUGAUUAUUUAACUGAAACUAUCAAGAACUUAAGAGGUAAAAAUAUCAAUGAUAUUUCAUCGGAUGAAAGAAUCGCACGUCUAGAAAAAGAAAAUAGUGUGCUUGGUGAAUCCGUUCAAAAUAACGUGACAUGUUUAGCACGAGCUGAGCUAGAAAUCAGUCAAUUACGUCAUCGUUUGACAAAAGCAGAUGAAUUAUGUAAACGUUUGGAUUCAUUAACAGAUGAACGUAACCAAUUAAGUGCUGAAUUAGGAGCAGCAAAGCGUGAAAUUACCGCUUUAAAAGAAGCCUGUUCAAAACAAACAGAUCUAGAGAUAGCUCUUGUCUCAGCAGAAGGUAAUUGUGCACGUCUUCAAACACAAUUGUCAACUAUCCGUGCAACAUGUGAAAAUUCAGUAAAUAUGGAAAAUGAAUUGAUAAGAUUGAGGCAAAUUGAAACUAAAUGUGAACAAUUACAAAAUGCGUUGUUUACCGCUAUACAAAAGACAGCUCAAGUUGAAGUGGAACGGGAUAAUUUAUCAACAUGUCUUACUAAUUUAAAACAAAAUCUUCAUUCUCGAAGGUUAUUAGAGUCAGAAAAUGAUGAAGCUGAUGAUGAAGAGGGUGGAAUAGUUGGUUUACAUGACGAAGAAGUUGAUAGCGGCAAUAAAACAGGUGAUUCAACAGAAGAAACAUCUCCUGAAUGUUUAGGUGUGACGAAAUUACGCAGAAAAACUAUAAGUAUGCCACCGAACUUACGCCAUCGUGAUCGACGACGUAGAGGAGGAUAUAUAAGCUAUGAAACAGAACUUGGCAGGUUGGAUUCAGAAAUUAAACGUUUAGAAGCAGAAAGAGAUACAUUGCGUAAAAGUCUGGAAGAAAUCCAAGCUAAAUUAACAAAUGAAGAGGUAGCUCAUGAGUCUGCUAUGAAAGAAUCAGACGAGAGAUCAAGACAGAAGAUUAGUCAAUUGGAAUCAGAAAUAAAUCAUUUGAAAGCAUCAAUUCGGCUAUCUGAUCAAGAAAUACGAAGAUUACGUAGAGAAUUGAAUAAUACAAUUAAACAAAAUGAAACACAUUUGAAAGAUGGUGAACAACAACGAUCCGAAUUAUGCCAACAAGUAAAUAUUGAACAGAAAACAGUUUCAGCUUUACGUAACGAAUUAAUUAUGGAAAAAAUUCAAUUACAAAAACGUAAUUCUGAAUUGAAAUGUAUUCAAGUUUGUUUAGAAAAGUAUGGAUUAUCAAAAGAUUGGUUCAAGGAAUUAAGUUCUAAAGAAAAUAGCAUAGAACAAACAAAAUUAAUAGAUUCAUUUAUGGAAAAUUUUAUUGGUCAAUUAACUAAAAAUAUAAAUAUUAAAAAUGAAGAAUUUGAUUUAAUUAAACAACAAAUUAAUGGACUUCAAUUAAAAAAUUCCGAAUUAAUAAAUCAAUUAAAAAUAAAAAGUCAAAAAUUAGAAGAAUAUGAAAAAGUAAAAGCUAAUAACUGUACUACUAAUAAUACUACUGAUAAUUCAAUAAAAGAAAAUUCUUCAAUUUUAAUACAAAUAAAAGAUCGUGUCAUUGAACUUGAACGUGAAAAUGCACCAAAUAAUCAAAACUUAGAAAUACGUAUUAAUACUUUUCAAGAACAAUCUGUUUCAAUACAACGACAAUUAGCUGAAUUAAUUGCAACAAAUGCUCGUUUACAAGUUGAAAAUACUACAUUGCAUAGUCAGUUAGAUAGUUUUCAAGGUCAAAAUUCUAAUCUAUCUGCACGAAUUACUGAACUUGAAUCUGAAAUUCAUCAUUUAUCAAAUGUACUUGAUACAAUGCAUACAUCUAAAUCACAAUUAACUACUGAUUAUGAACAAUUACAAUGUUUACAUGAAAAAUUAACACAAGAUUAUGAACAAUUAAUUGAAACAUUGAAAACUUCAAAAGAAUCUCAACGUCAAUUAAAAUCAGAAAUACAAUUAGCUAAUGAACAGGUUAAUAAAUUACAAACUGAAGCAAAUGAAGUACAACGAUUAAAAAAUGCAUUAGAACAAGAAAGAGGUAGUUUAAAAGGUGAAGUGAAACAAAUUGUUCAAUUCAGAGAAGAAAAUGCACGUUUACAAUCGGAAUUAAAUUCUUUAAAUUCAAUAUUAACUCGUGAAAGACAUGAAAAAACUAAUAUAUUAGAACGUAAUCGAGAAAUUCGUCAUCAAUUACAAGAUAAUGAACAUAGAAAAGAACAAUUAACUAAUGAAUUACAAAAAUAUCAAAAAUUAGAACAAACAUUAAAUAAUGAAAUAGAAAGUUUAAAAAUACGAUUACAAAUGUUAACAGAACUUAGUUCAAAAUAUGAAAAAGAAAAUAAAUCAUUACUUAGCCAAUUACAAAGUUUAUUGAAUCAAAAUCAAGAGAUUUUAGCAUCAACUUUGAAAAAUUGUGAAAAUCAUGUCAGUCAAGAAGGUGUACUUAGAGAACGUUUAUUAUCUAUGCAUAAACAAAAACAACAACUUGAAGAAAAAGUUAUGGAACAAUAUCGUAAUGGUUCAUCAUCUAAAAGAAGUCAAAGACGUUUGACGCUUAUUCAACGAGCUCGGGCUGCAUUGAAUAAACAUCAUUUUCCACACAAUGCUGAAUACAAUAAAAAUAAUCUAGGUUAUAGCACAGUUUCGACUUUACAUUCUCAAUCUUCCUGGUUAAAUGAUAGUUACAGAUCGAUACCAACCAUUGGACAAACAUCGUCAACGUUGCAUCGUUGCGAUAAACGUCUUGUACCUGGUUCAGUGUCCAUUUAUGAUCGUGAUCCAGACGAACAAAGUCAGGAAGCUUUAAAACAAUUUUUAAAAUAUUUGGAUGAUUCAAGUGGAACUAACACACGACCAAGUUCAGCUGUUCCUCCUCAAAUUUCCAAUCAUAAACAAUUUGGAAAUCAUGAUUUCUUAUUACCUAUAAGACCAAAUUCCGGUGGUUUAACAAUGAGUCCAUGUAUAGAGAAACGACCACAAUCAAGAUUAAGCUCAGAUAGAUUUACUGAAUGUAUGGAUUCACCAAUUUCUGGUCGAUCUUCUCAUUCAAGUUCAAAUGGUGUAAAAUCUCAAUUAAUUAAUCAAACUCAUCAUUUUCCACACCGAAUCGAUAAACAUAUUCUUAAUUUCACAGAAAAUAUAAGUACAAAUGAAAAGAAAUUUCAUUUAAAUAACACAAAUGGUUGGUUGAGUAACGAUGAUUCACGUGAUCGUUCAAUAUGUAGUAGUAAUAGUAGUAGUAAUGGUAUGAAUAGUCAAAAUCUUCCAUCAACAGAAAGAUGCGAAAAACAAAUUAGUGAGAUUGUACAAAUUAAAGCAACUACUGAUGAAUCAAAUAUUUUAAUUCAUAAAAACAUUAUAUCAGACACACCAACUAAUAUCAGUACAAGUUCACCGAAACCAUGUCUAUCCAGAUCCUCAUCGUUGUGUUACAAUAAACUCAAUGAUCCAAUAUACGUGCAACGUGCUUUGAAUAGUAUGGCUAGUAGUAAUGCUAAUAGUUGUCAAUCUACUCAAAUAAUAAACAAUCCAUUGACAAAUAGAUGUGAUGAUAAUCCUACCAGUAGUGGUACCGUUGGAUUGAAUAAUUCCAAAUAUUUUAACAACCCUACUUAUAUCCAACAUACAGGAAAAUCUUUCGAGUUAAGUACAAGUUCAAAAUCCGAAAACAAUCAGAAAUCUAUGCCAUCAACGAAUAGUAAUUAUAAUAUAAAUAGUAUGGCUAGUAAUUGUACUGAGUCCAUCCCAAUAUUCGACCAUCAUAAAACAUCGAAUAUGAUUCUAUGAUAGGUGAAGCUGAUCGUAAUCAACAAACACAACAACAUCAGUCUUUAGAAUCUUCUUCAGAGUUGCCUAGGAAACCAAAAGUUCUACUGCAAUACAGAGAUUUGUGAUUUAUAUUAGGAAUAAAACAUUCUAUGUACAUCAUUUAUUUACUCCAUUUUUACUUUUUCAUAAUACAUUUGUGAAUAUCCGCACAUAGUAUAUAAAAAAAGUUAUUUCUUAUUAUCUAGUAACUAUAUAUUUUUUUAUAAUAUAGCUGUGCACAGUGUUUUUCUCUUUUUUUGAAUAUUUAAUUACACACUCCUUUGAUCUCACUCUACUAAACAUAGAUACACGACCCAUGUCUUCCUUCCGCACUGUUCGUAAUGCAAGGACAGUCAUUAUGACUGGUUUCGUUUUAAAUCUUGUUUAAAAAUACGUGGUGCGUAUUUUGAAUUUUCUUACAAUAGACUGAAAUUUGAAACUUUUUUUAAGAAUAGUGCAUAAAUCACUUUAUUAUUAUAUUUGAAUGCACUUGAAAUCACAUUAUCCACAGAAUUUCCAUGUACAGUUAAUUAACUAUUAUUGAUUCUGUUUAAUAUAAAGGAUAUUAUAUACUUACAUAAAUAUUCACACGCUUUUGUUCAA